GUGAAACUAUUGAAUAUGAAUCAUAUAUUGUACCUGAAGAUUUAUUAGAAGAUGGUCAAUUACGUAUGCUUGAUACUGAUACAUCUAUUGUAUUACCUGUUGAUACACAUGUUAGAUUUAUUGUAACAUCAGCUGAUGUAUUACAUGAUUUUAGUGUACCUUCAUUAAGUAUGAAAAUUGAUGCUUGUCCUGGACGUUUAAAUCAAACAUCUACAUUAGUUGAACGUGAAGGUGUAUAUUAUGGACAAUGUUCAGAAUUAUGUGGAGUAGCUCAUUCAGCUAUGCCUAUUAAAGUUGAGGUAGUUUCAUUACGUGACUUCCUUGUAUGA